AUGCUGUGCCCGACCCGGGAAUCGAAGCUGAGACCCUUUUUCCCGGCAGUCGCACUACAGCUGGAUAUCCACUUGCGAAGCCUCAUGUUAUGUAAAUGCAGUAAUAUAUCGCCCCCCAGCAGCGGGCGAGCGCUGUGCUGCGGGCUGUCCCUGUUCUCCGUGGUGCUGCGCAGACUGCGCGCCUGCCUGGCCGCGCCGCAGUGGCCCGCGCCCCCCGCGCCCCACCACCACGCGCCCGCGCACACUGACGACACCAACGAGUUCCACAGACUGUGGUCGGCCCUGCAGUUCCUGUAUUGUAUACCCGUUGGUGACACGCAGUUUACUGUCGAGGAGCUAUUCGGCGAAGGUCUCCACUGGGCUGGGUGUACGAUUAUAGCGUUGCUGGGUCAGCAGAGAAGGUUCGAAGCUCUGGACUUCUGCUACCACAUCCUGAGAGUGCAGCGAGUCGACGGGAAAGACGAGUCGGUUAAAGGGAUUCCCCUAAAACGCAUGGUGGACCGCAUCCGGCGCUUCCAAGUGCUGAACUCGCAAAUAUUCGGCGUCCUCGCGCGCCACCUGGCGGCCGACGAGGAGAGGGCCGGCGUCGAGCACGUGCGCUGCUUCCCUCCGCCCUCCGCGCCCAUACAUCAGAUCAAUUAGACUGGAGGACCGUUUGUGUGAGGUUGUGUUGUUAACACACCCUGUUUGUGAAGGUAGAGGUGUAUUGAAACAUCCUGUAUUAUGACUUGAGCAACACCCUA